AUGAAGCUUGCAAAGAACGAGAACGAAAACGAGAAAGAUGGGACUAGAAUGAAAAACUCAGAAAUUGCUGAAUUUAUUCAGGAUUUCCAUAGAAAGUACCAAUCACUUUAUGCACUUUACGAUAAUCUCAGAGGAAAGGUAAGGGAAGAAGUUGAUGGCAGAGAAGAAAAAAAGGAAGGCUAUUCUUGUUCGACAUCCAGCUCAGACUCGGAAUCACAAUAUUCCCUUGAUGAAAUAGGUGGUAAAACCAGUGAAUCAAGGAGUGAGCUUCAGAAGGUGAUAGAUGACCUAAAGCAGAAACUAGAAACUUCAAAUUUAGAAGUCACUAACCUGAGGAAUAAAUUGAUCUCAAUGGGUGAAGAAAAUGAAGCUUUAACUUUGGAAUGCAUGGCAUCUUUGAUUAAUAUACCCGAAUUGGAGAAAAUCAUUAAUGAUCUAAGGAUUGAAGCCGAGCAUACAGAGAACACAAAACAAAAACUUGUGGAUGAAUCUAGCCAAUCAAAGAAGAAAUUGGAAGAAAGGGAGAAGGAAUUAUCGUACUUCACCAAGUCACAUCAGGUUCAUGAGAGUGAAGCAGCAGCUCGGAUAAAGGAUUUGGAGAGCCAGGUAACCUGUUUGAAACUUGAGCUGGAGAACCAGAAGAAAGAACUUGAAAAGCAAGUUCAACAUAAAGCAACCGAAGCUAAACAGGCAAGAGAUCAAAAUUUAGUACUAGAAUCCCGUAUUUUAGAUCUGGAAACAGCAUCCAAAGAAAAAGAAGAUGUAUUUUUUGCUCUUCAUAAGAAAUUUGAGGAAAAUGAGAACUCUCUAAUGUCUAAAAUUGAAAACUUGAUGGCACAUUCCAACAAUCUGCAAAUGGAGGUGGAUACUCCACAAAUUCAGAAAGCCGAGUUUGAAGAUGUGUGUAAAAGCAACGAAGCAUCGGCCCAAGUCAAGGACAUAACGGAUCAGCUCAAUGUUUUGCAAGAGGAACCGAAGUCCGUUAGCAGGCAGAAAAGUGAAUCAGAAUCUAACCUUGAGAAACAAACUCAAGAAAUAUCACUUUUCCUUGUUCAAAUAGAACAUUUGACAGAGAAGCUAGCAAGCACAACUCUGAAUGAGCAGAGAAUGCUAGAAGAUAAAGAGGGUUUAAAGGUGGACUCUCUUAGCAGCCAGAAAAGCGAAGAAAUGGCGGAAGAGUUUUGCAAGAAAUUCGAAGAUCAUCUUCGUCCCUUAAGCCGGAGGAUUCGAGUGGCAGAACACUUACUCAUCGAGAACAAAGAUUGCUUCAGGAAGAUAAAAGAGAGGUUUGAACAAGAACACGUGGAGCUCGAAGAAAGGGCUGCAACUAAUGAAGUAGCAAUUAUGAAGGGCAAGGAUAGUACACUGACAGCGAACGACAUGCUGACAAGACUGGACUCUAUGGUCCAAAGAUUCGAGCACUGCAGUGCAAACUUCCUAAAUCAAAUUUCCAAAGUUUCUUGCGAAGUGAAGUUUGCAAAGGACUGGAUGAGGAGGAAAACUAAUGCUAUAAAACAUGUAAAGGAAGACGCGGAUUGUCUGCUGGCGCAAAUGGAUGCUAAGGAAGCAGAGUUAUUUGGAUUCGGAGCGCGAGUACGGAAGUUAGAGAACAAGGUGAGAGAAUUGGAGAAUAUGGUAAAAGAGAAGGAGGAAGGUAUGUUGAGCGUGGGAGAGGAAAAGAGGGAGGCAAUAAGGCAGUUAUGUUUGUGGAUUGAUUAUUACCGCAGUCACUCUGAUUUUCUCAAGAAAUUGCUCUUUGAGAUGAGUACUGUUAGAACCCAAAGAAAACCUUAG